AUGGACUCAGUGGUCUUUGAGGAUGUGGCUUUGGACUUCUCCCAGGAGGAGUGGGCUUUGCUGGAUGCUGCUCAGAGGGAGCUCUACAGAGACGUGAUGCUGGAAACCUUUAGAAACCUGGCAUCCGUGGAUUAUGAGACUCAAUUUAGGUCCAAUGGGUCAGAUUUUCUGCAGGAUAUUUAUGUGAAUAAAAUGUCCAAGGAAGAUAAAAUAGCGAAGUUCACCAGAAAUUCUUGGGUCUCUGUCUUAGGAAAAAUUUGGGAAGAACUUAGCAUUGAAGAUAAGCACACAAACCAGUGGAGAGAUCUGAGAAAUUAUGUGGUGGAGAGACUCUGUGAGAGUAAUGAUCAAUAUGGGGAAGGCUUCAGUCCGACUUCAGAUCUUAAUCUGUACCAGAAAGCCUUUACCGAUGUAAAAGAGAAUGAAUGCAGUGCACAUGCAAAAGUCUUCUUGCAUCAUUCAUUUCUACAGAGUGACAUUUCCAUUCACACUAGACACAAACCAUAUCAGUGUCAGGAAUGUGGGAAGGCCUGCAGUUGUUCUUCAGACCUAAGAGUGCAUGUGAGAACUCACAAAGGAGAGAGGCCCUAUGCAUGUAAGUUAUGUGGAAAAACCUUUCCUCGUACUUCUUCCCUCAACCGGCAUAUAAGGAUUCAUACUGCGGAGAAAACCUAUGAAUGUCAGCAAUGUGGGAAAGCCUUCAUUGAUUUUUCAAGUCUUACUAGUCAUCUGAGAUCCCACACUGGAGAGAAGCCCUAUAAAUGUAAGGAAUGUGGGAAAGCCUUCAGCUACUCCUCAACUUUUCGAAGGCACAUGAUCACACACACUGGAGAGAAGCCCUAUAAAUGUGAGGAAUGUGGGGAAGUCUUCAGGUAUUCCUCAACUUUUCGAAGGCACAUGAUAUCGCACACGGGGGAGACACCACAUAAAUGUAAGGAAUGUGGAGAAGCGUUCAGUUACUUCUCAGCUUUUCGAAGACACAUGAUAUCACACACCGGAGAGAAACCCCAUGAAUGUAAACAGUGUGGGAAAACCUUCAUUUAUCUCCAAUCCUUUAGAAGACAUGAAAGGAUUCACACUGGAGAGAAACCUUAUGAAUGCCAACAGUGUGGGAAAACCUUUAUUUACCUCCAGUCAUUCCGAAGGCACGAAAGAACUCAUGGUGGAGAGAAACCCUAUGAAUGUAACCAAUGUGGGAAAGCAUUUAGCCAUCCCUCGUCCUUUCAAGGACAUAUUAGAGUGCACACUGGAGAGAAGCCUUAUGAAUGCACUCUGUGUGGGAAAAGUUUCAACUGGCCGGUAUCCUUACGAAAACACAUGAGAACACACACUAAAGAGAAGCCCUAUGAAUGUAAACAAUGUGGAAAACCCUUCAAUUUGCCUGCUUGCUUUCGAGAACAUGUGAGAAUGCAUCCGGGAGACAAACCGUAUGAAUGCAAACUAUGUGGGAAAGCGUUCUAUUGCCACAUCUCCUUACAAAAACAUAUGAAAAGGCACACUGCCGAGAAACUCUACAAAUGCAAGCAGUGUGGGAAAGCUUUCAGUUGGCCCGAACUUUUGCAACAGCAUGUGCGAAAACACUCCGCAGAGAAACCUUAUGAGUGUAAGGAAUGUGGGAAAGUCUUCAAAUGGCCAUCAUCGUUACCAAUACACAUGAGAAUGCAUACUGGAGAGAAACCUUAUGCAUGUAAGCAAUGUGGGAAAGCCUUCAGUUGUUCCUCAUCCUUAAGAAGACAUACGAGAACACACACUACAGAAAAACACUGCAUAUAUAAUGUGGGAAGUCCUGCAAGUGUAUUCAUGCACAGUGCUUCAGAAAAUUCACACCCGGAGGGAAGUCUUAUGAAAGCUGUGAAUAUGGUGUUGCCUUUAUGA